CUCGAGAAUAUACCCAAAGAUAUACUCAAAGAUAUGGACAAAGAUAUGGAUUCGGAAGAUUCUCAAGUAACAUACAUCUCCAGGGACAUUCAUCCAUUUUAUAUGGGUGGUUCUCCAAUUACAUUGUCUUUGAAUGGUAAAUUUCUCAUCACUGCCCUUUUAGAUGAUAUAGUUAUAGUGAACCCAAAGACCAAUAAGAUAAUUGAUCAAGUUGAAGGUGAUGGUGGAUCAAUUACUUGUUUGCAAAUAACUCCUGAUGGUAAAAUGUUGGCUGUUUGCUCAAUAUCUCAACAAUUUCGUUUAUAUGAUCUUGAAAAAAAGAAGUUUGUGAAAAACUUCAAGUUACCUUCUCCAGUAUACACCAUGACAGCAGAUUCGACAUCCACUUUAAUAGUCUGUGGAGGUUCAGAUGGUUCUAUAAACAUCUAUGAUUUGGAUAAUAAAUAUCUAACUCACCAUUUCAAUCACUCUUCAACGAUUUCAUCUUUGUCUAUUUAUAAUUCAGAAAAUAAAAAAACCUGGUUAUUGGCCUCUGGGGAUACUUUGGGCAACAUGAAAGUGUUUGAUUUGAUUAAAAGAAAGCAAAUCUAUUCUUCACAGAGCCAUAAUUCGACGAUUCGUGGUUUGGAUUUUAGCGCAAAUGGUGAUCAUCUAUUAAGUGGUGGAAGAGAUAAAAUUGUUCAAAUUUAUGAAAUCAAUAAUAAAUUUAAAACAAUCAAAACGAUUCCUAGUAAUCAACAAAUUGAAUCUGCAGGGUUUGUUAUUUUAAAUGGAAAUGAAUAUUACUUUACUGCUGGUGAUGAUCCUAUUAUAAAAGUUUGGGACUACAAAAAUGACCUUUUAAUUGGAAAUUCAGUUCAAACAUUAAAAACAAAUGAAGAGUUGAUGAUGAUCCAAGUUUUAAAGGUUUCUUCUAACUUAGAUGAUGGAAAUACAACCACAGAUAAGCUAUUUGCCAACAUAAGUGAUCAAACUAUUAUUGAAUUUGAUUUAACCGACAUUGUAACAUUAAACAACACGGAUAAAUUUUUAUUGAAACAUGAUAGAACACUUGCAGGUAAUCAUGGUAUAAUAUCUGAUUUAAGAUUUGUUUCACCAAAUAAAAACUUGUUGGCAUUAGCCACAAACUCACCUUCAUUAAGAGUGAUAAAUCCUUAUGAAAAUCAAUUCGAAGUUCAAAUAUUAGAGAGUCAUAAGGAUCUAUUGAAUUCAUUAGAUUCUACCAAUGAUGGAUUGUGGAUUGCAACAACUAGUAAAGAUCACAAAGCUAAGAUAUGGAAGUAUUCCACAAAAGUUAAUUCCUUUAAACUAUUUGCUACAUUUUCUGGACACUCAAGUUCUGUGACCUGUGUGACAAUAAAUAAAAAAUAUUCUACUCAGCCAAAUUUUAUAAUAACAGGUUCUGAUGAUUUAACAAUCAAAAAAUGGAAAAUUCCUGUACUAAACGAUGACACUGAUUUUGAUAAUAGCAGUUUCACGCCAUUCAAAGUUUCAACAUCUGUCUACACUAGACGAGCUCAUGAAAAGGAUAUUAAUAGUAUUGAUAUGUCUCCAAAUAAUGAAUGUUUUGCUACAGCGGGUUUUGAUAAAGUUGCGAAAAUAUGGAAUACUGAAUCGGGUGAAAUUAUGGGUGUUUUAAAAGGUCAUAAAAGAGGAUUAUGGGAUAUAAGAUUUUCAUUAUUUGAUAAAACAGUUGCAACUUGCAGUAUUGAUAAAACCAUUAAAGUAUGGUCCGUUGAAACAUUUACUUGUUUGAAAACUUUUGAAGGACAUUCAAAUUCAAUUCAAAAAAUUCAAUUUCUUAGAAGUGACACUUGGAUUGUUUCUGUCGGUGCCGAUGCUCUUGUCAAGAUUUGGGAUGUUAAAUCAGGAGAGUGUUUAAAAACAUUAGAUAAUCACAAUAACAGAAUUUGGGCUUUAACAGUAAAAGACGAUGGUGAUUUAAUUGUUUCAGCUGAUGCAGAUGGUAAUAUCAGCAUUUGGGAAGAUAAAACUAAAGAGACAAUAGCAGAGGCCAAUGAAAGGAAAAAACAGAAGAUAGAACUAGAGCAGUCAUUGAAGAACCAUAUUUUCAGGAAAGAUUGGAUUAAUGCCUUUUUGUUGGCCCUAAAAUUAGAUCACCCAAUGAGAUUAUACAAUGUUAUUAAUCAAUGUAUAAUUUCAAAUGACGAUCCUGAUAGUGUUUUGGGGUCAUAUAAGUUGGAAGAAUGUAUUAAAAAACUAACUGAAGAGCAGAUUUUGCUUUUGUUUAAAAGAAUCAGAAAUUGGAAUGUCAAUUCAAGACAUUUUGAAAUAGCACAAAAAAUUAUAAAAUGCAUAUUGAACAAUCAUCAUGCUGAUAAACUAGUUGAAAUUCCUGGGUUAAAGAAUUUGCUCGAGAGUAUUUUGCCUUAUUCAGAACGUCAUUAUUCUAGAAUCAACGAUCUAAUUGAUCAAAGUUAUCUUCUCGAUUAUACAAUAAAACAGAUAGACACUGUUUCUAUAUAGUUGAUAUAAUAUAAUAGAUAAUUCUAGGCCCCGGCGCGAAGUGCGCGAGUGAAAGGGAGU